GACACCGAGGUUAAAAGGGAGGGAUGCAUAAGAGUACGGGGAGAAAAUUACAUAUACAUACACAAAUAGUCAAAAUAGGCGUGUACAUAUAUGCUAAGAGGCAGAUUAGAAACGUACACAGUGAAGCCCAUAAUUUCUUCGUGAAGCGCAACGCCAGGGUGAACUCCAUGGAGUGAUACAAGUGACAAGGAUUUAAGGGUGUUUAAACUGUAUUGGAAAAUAUGUAUCAUAAAAAAUUAAAUAUGAGAAGUUAAGUAACAAACGUAACAGUCAAGAGGUCAUAUAAGUGCUUCGCCUGCUGCGACGUUUGUGAUUAGAAAGUGCGCAAAGCAAGGAGCCGGAGCUCAGGACACCUGUGAUGAAACAGGGACAAAUAAUGAUUCCGUGUUAUAAAGACCAAGUGAUUCCGCCAGAGGAAACGCUAAACGGAGGAAAAUGCGGCGCAAAUACCAUCUAAAGUUUGCGUGGUCGAGUGGGCGGCAGAUCCAUCUAACUAAAUGAAGACAACAAAAGUAUCGCCUGUUCAGUACUUGAGAAAUACUUUUAAAGUUCAGUUUCAGCUUUUGAAUUAAUUAAAAAAAAAAGAUUUUUUUUCUCAUGUUGCUUAUUUUAUUCCGAUCAUUUUAGUAAAGCUCCGCAACCCUGCAAAAUUUCAAUUCCGUAGUAUACUUCCUGGUUAUAUCCAGUUUAUAACUUAUUAUUAAUAUACAUAUAUAUUUUUUAUUUUGUGUAAUUGGCUCCGAAGUGGCUCCAAAGACGUGUCUCGGUUCCUCGUCCGCCGCCGAUGCGGACACUGGGGUCUCUCCAGCUGGAGGUGUCAGCAGAUCAGCCUCUGCACCCUUACAGGGUCCCAAGCCCGGUCGGAUCGGGAGGAUGACUCGCUUGGCCGCGGAACUUCUGCUGCUAGUGGGACUUCUCAUCCUAACUGUGCACAUUACGGUCUUAUGGAGCACUCCCUUCCAACAUGGAAAUGCAACGUCGAGUAGCAACCAGAACACCCCACGCAUCGCCGACAAUGUCGAAGAGGACAGCUUGUCCUCAGUGGUGCACCCUGAGCAGCAGACUGUCCCCCAGGCCACUAGGGGCAGCCCAGUACUGCAAACAGACAAGUCCGGAGCCUUUCAUCUGGACCUUCACAACUUCCCCGACCUCUCCAAGGCCGACAUCAACAAGCAGAACCCGAACAUUCAGGUAACCAUUGAAGUGCUCAAUGGUCCUGAAGGACUGGAACCAGAGAAAGAGGAGAGCAACUCCAAUGUGGCCGUCCCAAGCUGGAGAAGCUGGUGGACGCGCUCCUCUUCCUCCACGUCUGCUUCCCACUCCCCUGGGAGCCGCAGGAGCGAAACCCACAACACUGAGCCUUUCGGUGGCGACUCCAUGAGACCCCCUGGUGGCAGGGGGCGAUAUGACAUCAGAGGGGGGCAAAAGCGUCAUUCGCAAGGCAUGGCCCAGGAAGAGUUCGACUACACGGACGGAGAGGGCGGCUGGAGCGCAUGGUCGGCCUGCAGCGUGUCAUGCGGCAACGGAAGCCAGAAGCGCACCAGGUCCUGCGGCUAUGGCUGCACGGCCACCGAGUCGCGUACCUGCGACAUGCUGAGCUGCCCAGGUAUUGAAGAUGCUUUCAGAACUGCUGCUACGGAAGUUAGUCUGCUGGCUGGGACUGAUGACUUCAACACUACAGAUCUCUUCGGUGUUGCCACAGACAGCUGUGAGAGAUGGAUGAACUGCAAGAGUGAAUUUCUCAGGAAGUACAUGUCGAAGGUGUCCAACGACCUUCCCAGCUGCCCCUGUUCUUAUCCGACUGAGGCAGCCUACGGCUCCACGAACAUCCACGACUCCGCCACGCGUCGGGAUUUCCGCUGGAAGGACGCCAGCGGCCCCAAAGAGAAGCUGCAGAUCUACAAGCCCACGGCCCGCUACUGCAUCCGCUCCUCGCUCACGCUGGAGUCCACCACGCUAGCCGCACAGCACUGCUGCUAUGACGACAACAUGGCGCUGAUAACCCGCGGAAAGGGCGCCGGCUCGCCAAAUCUCAUCAGCACCGAGUUCUCCGAGGACCUGCACUACAAGGUGGACGUACUUCCAUGGGUCAUCUGCAAGGGGGACUGGAGCCGCUACAACCAGGCCCGGCCCCCCAACAAUGGGCAGCGGUGCAGAGAGAACCCUGUGGAGGAGGAUUACCGGAAACAGUGCGAGGAAGCCAGGGACUUCUGACUCUCCUCAAUUCCUGCUGAAAAGGGAAAUCAGAGGAAACAUCUCUACAACUUCUUCAUCAGGCUGCCGUGCAACUUCUUUCUGUCAGAAUGUAAAGCAUCAUAGAUUCUCAGGACCAAGAACUGUAAUAAGAACUAUGCUGGAACGUGUACAUGGUACCGAGAACCGAGCAGAUUCAAUCGUAGCACAUCUCUGAAUUUCUCCAGAAGGACAAUCUCAUCAGCUACGUCAAUGAGAGCAGUUACACAGUGUUUUUUUAUUCUAAUAAUGUAAUUCCAUUAAUGCUAUUACAAGUGGUAUAUAAUAAAAAAUUUUUGGGAAUCAUUUCUGCCACAUGUGAUCCAUCAUUGAUGGAUGACGGUAGACGUUUUACUUUUUUGUUAAAAGACAAAGUGUUGAGUUUGUAAAUGGCUUUCACAGCUUGUAUUUAAGAUAAAGGGCUUAUACAAAACAUUUUGAGAUUAAACUCAAAUGUUUUGAGAUUAACAGUGGAAGUUUUUAGAUUAAACUUGAAGUUAACUUCCGAUGGAAAAAUGCAUAAAAAAAUAGAAAUUUAACAUGAAGGUUUUGGCAUUAAAUUUGAAUCAUGCAGAUA